AUGGGAGAUCCAAUUAAACCAUCAGAUGAUUUUCAAGCAUGGCUUGAAAAGCAUGGUUCUUCCACCACCAGACCAAUUGUUGACAGUUUCUUGGCCCAAUUAACUAAGGAAAAGUCACCUAAAUCCCUUUUUGGUAUUGGUUACUGUUUUGGUGCUAAGUACUGUAUUCAAAAUUUGGCCAAGGACGGAUACUUUACAGCUGGUGCAGUUGCACAUCCUUCUUUCGUUUCGGUCGAAGAAGUUGAAGCUGUUACUAAACCUGUAUUGAUUUCUGCUGCGGAAACUGAUAGCAUUUUCCCAGAAGAAUUGAGAAACAAAACUAUUCAGAUUUUAGCUGCUAACAAGAUUAGAUACCAACUUGAUUUAUUUCUGGGUGCAUCUCAUGGUUUUUCAGUUAAAGGUGACCUCAGCAUUCCUGAAGUUAAAUAUGCUAAAGAGAAAGUUCUCAUAGACCAAGUUUACUUUUUUUCUCAAUUCUAG